UUAUCCAAAAGUGUUGGACGUCAAAAUCGUGACUAUGUUUUAUUUCAAGAUUGUUAAGGGAAAUAACUCAAAUUUUAAAAUUUAAACUAAAUGGCAGCUCAUUAAAUUUAAGUGCUGCCAGUACCGUGAAAUUUGUAUUAAAAAUAGGUACAAACAUGAAUGAAGAUAGUGUGUUAUUUUUUUCUCGAAUUUGCUUUAAAUUUAUUUUAGGAAUUAGGUCAGAAAUCUAGUAAAUAUAUUUCGAAUUUGAAAACGACAUUAUUAAUCGAAUCGUGUGCGUAAAAACAACAAAUUUGUCCAAUAUUCCGUCGUCUCGUGUAUGGCCUCCAUAGAGCAUAUGAACAACCCAACACUACAAAGAUGGCGACGCGCUCGCUACUUGUUAAUUAACAGAGCUGAGCAAGUUGUUUUUUUUUUGGGUCUGAAAAGUUUAAAGGCUUGCAAUCAAAUGUAAUGUAAACAAAAUAUGCAAUACUUGCAAUCAAAAAAUGUGCACAACGAAUUCAUAAUGAACUGCGCAAGUGUACGAGCUGCUUUAAAAACGCAAACCGAAAGUCAAGUGAAACUAAUACAAACAUUGCAAACGCAAAGCUCACCAUAAAUAAGACGUCGGGUACGUCAGCUAUAAAUAGUAGUAAAAACAACAUGGACACAACUGGUGGCAACAGUCCUUCCAGCAGCAGCAGCAACAACAGUUGCAGUUCUAGCUCCAGCUCAAGCACCACAGGCAACAGCAAUGGCAACACGCGCAUUGCCGAUGGCUGCCCGUGCUCCACAGCAACUGGGAUUCAUCACAACGAACAGCCACAAACGAAGAGGCAAAAGAUCGAUAAACAAAUACGUUUAGUAGGCGCCAAAGCACCUCCUGAUAUACUGGAUGUAACCGAUGUAAUGGACGCGAAUGGCAACAAUAAGAACCAUCAUUUGUGCUCGUCACUGUCCUCGUCCUGUUCCACACACUCGCUGUCCAGCAGUACCAACAAUUCGCCCAUAACCACACCCUGUAAUUCGCGCGCCGCUUCCUAUGCCCAACUUUUAGUCAACAAUAUCUUGCCACAACAAAGCAGUGAAGCAAUCACGCUUGGCCAGGAUGAGGUGGAUCGUGCGACGCAGCUGUCUGAACUGUUGAUUGCCACCAGCAGUGGUGGACCUGCCAUCGUCACCGGCUGCACAUCUUCGUCAACGGCAUUGGCCAGCACAAUGACAACGGCAAUCGAUGACAUGCUGGAGUUUGAGCAGUCACUGACACGACAAUGUCUUUGUGGUGUCUCGGAACGUACGCUGCGAAAACCCUUUCAAUCGCACUAUUCCCACGAUACGAAUGGCCAGAAGCGCAUAGCUUAUCUGCGCGAAUGGCCCACCAACAAAUUGCUGCAGUUCCUCUCCAAUCUGCAGCUGCUCUUCGAUAUAUAUUUGAAGCAGAAUGCCAAGGGCUUCAUAUGUACCCGCAUUAUGGAUGUGUGUGAUGCAUUGAUACGCAACGAUCAUAAAUUGAUCGAUGAGAUUAUUGUUUUGGCUGGCUAUAACAAUUCGUAUGUGCAAUUUCUGGCGGGACGUGUGCUAGCCGCAUUUCUGGUGAUUGCAAAGCAGGAGCUCAACGAUGAGUGGUUACAGAAGAUUGUCGAUCAGCUGUUUAACUACGAAUUGCUAGAUAAAACCGCCGUUCAGAAGAUUCACUUUAGUUUAGACAUUAUCAAACGGAUUGUUGAAUGGAAAGACGUUGAACUGCAUCCGCUGGACGAUGAUUAUGCGGCAGCAGCAAACUCUGUUCCAGGCUCCGCAGAUGCUUCCGUUAACUAUAUGCAUUUCCCUGUGCAGGAUCAACCAUUGGCCAACAACUAUUUCGCGUUGCAAUUUCGCGAUACGAUUGAGCCAGACGCGGGAGAUGCAGAUGCGGAUGUAGACGUGGAUGUUGAUGUGGAGGAAAGGCGGCAGUUCAACGAGAUGAGCGAUCUGUAUGAGAAUAACAGUUCAACGGCCAGCAAUACGACCGCUAAUUAUGUUCCACCAAAUGGUUGUCAUGUUGUCGCUUUGACCGAUUCCGAGAGUUUUGAUACAACACAUCUGAAGUGCGUGACCAUCCAGAAGUUGGAACACAAAUGGCCAACGCUGGUCAAGAACAUGUCCGAGCUAAUGGCGCCCAAUCAUCAAGAUGCCGCCGAGCAUUGUGUGCUCAACUUUCUGCAGCUUUGGGAGAACAUCAUAUCGGUCAAGGCGAAUCUCUCCAUAGACGAGACGCGGCCUUUCUAUGCUCAACUAGAUAAGUUCGAACUAUUACUCAACCAAAAUUUGUCGUGCACCGUCUACAAGCAAAUGCUGUGUCUGUUCAAUGAGGCGCUGUGCUAUGGCUCCACACUGGCGCUGCAGGACAUGCUGCCGGAGGAGACGUGCAAGUUGGCGCAUCAGAUUGUCUGUCAUGUGCGCAAUCCGCGCAUACUCGAAUCCUUGCCACGUCGUCAGCCUGAAAACAUUGUUGGCCUAAUAGGUUACAAUGGUGCAACUGUUCAAUAUGUCAAUGGAUCGCUACGCACCUCGAUUCAGGACAAGGACGAUGCGACGAGCGGCGAGGCAGCAUUAGACCUGGUCGAAAUGGAUAAGACGUUGCUGCAAAAAAUGGUACUCUUGGUGCUCAAGUCGAUAGCUGUCACUGUUAAGGAGAUACGCAGUGAUUCAUCUGAUUCAUCGAUCGACUCCACAGAUUACGAUGCAUUCCAGGACAUAUUGGUCAUCGAACUUUCCAUACGGGACGUGCUCAGCAAAUUGGAAACGUUUAUCAAGCAGACCCUGCAAUUUCAUCCGGAAUGCCAUUUUAGUAAAAUAUUAAUUCAUCUGUUUGAUGAUCAGGAUGACCAUUUGAUCGAGGCGAUGGUUUGCACCCUGGACGUAACAUCGGGCAUUUCAUUUCGCAACAAUGCGUUCCCACAGCUGGUUGCCAUGCUGAAUCCUGUAUAUACAUUUCUUGAAUUCCUCAAAAUGACAUCGAAUAGCUCUGAUCUGCUGCUUGAUCUGUUGGUCAGCAACGAGACGUGCUUCCUGCUCUAUUUACUGCGUCUACUCAAAUACAUACGAAUGAACUGGACAAUGUUCGUGCACAGCUGUCACACCUUUGGCAUGGGCAAUGCUAUGCUGGACGAGGCCAUGGGCGUGCUCAUCCGCCUGCGCUUGCAAAUAUCCAGAUUGGUGUCGCGGCAAUUGUAUCCAUACGACAUCUCGCCGGUGCUGCGACUAUUGGAGAGCUGCGAGAGCCUCUACGAGGGCAAUGAGCUUAGUUAAAGAUUAAAGUUAUACACAGAAGAGAUAUAAAUACAUAUAUAUAUAUAUAUAUAUAUUAUUGAUAUAUACAAAUACAUAUAUGUACGGUAUGGCGUGGAAGCAAAACG